GGUACGUAUAGGUAGACUCACAAUUCUAAUUUAUUAUUGUGUUUUCUAUAAUCAAGAGUUCAUAAUGAACUCUUGCUAUAAUUCAUGCAUAGUUGAGGACUUCAACCACGAUGCUAUUAUCCCAACAUUCAAUGAUGGAGUUUUCACUGUUGACAUAUCAUCUCUAAUUGACGAUGAUGUAAACGAAAGGAAUGAGGGUUUCUGGCUUUUGAUUGAAGUACAGAAUGAAGAUGAGAUGACAAUUGAAUUUGAGAGGAGUGGAUUAGCUCUUGUUAUAAUCGAAGAUAAUGAUCCCAUCAGUAUUGGAUUUUCUCUACCAGUGUACGAAACAAUGGAACAAAAUGGGCUGGUUGACGACCUCGUGUUUAUCAUGAAGGACGGCAAUGUGAAGUCUGAGCAGAUGCUUAAAGUCAUUGUCCUGACUGCAUCUGGCUCAGUUGAUAUGGGGGAUGACUUCUCGGCACAAACUAUGAUAGAGAUAGUGUUUCAACCUGAAGAUGUGGCAAUGUCAUUCCCAUUCCAAGUUAAUGAGGAUAAUAUUACAGAAGGAGUUGAGUAUUUUCCACUGUUUUUAUUAAUGGAUGAGAUCCAGCCAGGACUGCAAUUGAGUGCUAUAUCUGAUGCUAUGGUGAACAUUCAGGAUAAUGAUGAUGAGGAAAUGUGCUCUCGAGACAGUGACUGUGGUGACCGGGCCUCCUGUCAAAAUAGAACCUGUAUCUGUAACAAUGGUUUCUCUGGAGAUGGUCAAACAUGUACUGACAUUAACGAGUGCUUAUUGGAUAUACUGAACGAUUGCUCCUCUACUGCCGAGUGUAGCAACCUACCUGGCAGUUUCACCUGCUCUUGACUCCCUGGGUUAAUUGGAGAUGGAAGAAUCUGUGAAG